AACACCAGAGAGAGAGAGGGAGGGAGGCCACAGGGACAGAAAGCAGGAGAACUGUGGGUGACUGAAAUGUCCUAAAACAUGCUGUUGAGAACCUGCAGACUGCUUCCGUCGGUGUCACUGGCAAGUCGGACACAUUCGCCUGCGAGCUUCCUGGUUAUGGCAAUAUUACCGCAGCUAACCCGGACACUAGCUCCCUGCCGGCUCGUCCUCAGAAAGCGACUUUUCUCGUCUUUUCGCAGACACGCAGUGACCCGCAGCAUGGCCUCAGACCCGGCGGCAGCAGCAGACGCGACCCGCUUCGACUUUCUGGUGAUCGGCGGCGGCUCCGGAGGUCUGGCCGGGGCUCGGAGGGCGGCGGAGCUCGGAGCGAACACCGCCGUCAUCGAGAGUCACAAACUCGGAGGUACCUGCGUCAAUGUUGGCUGUGUCCCCAAGAAGGUUAUGUGGAAUGCAGCCGUUCAUGCUGAGUAUCUUCACGAUCACAACGAUUACGGCUUCGAUGUCGGAAAUGUUCGUUUCAGUUGGGAAACUCUAAAGGCCAAAAGGGAUGCAUACGUCACUCACCUUAAUCGUAUUUAUCGCAACAAUCUUGACAAGGCUAAAAUCCAAACCGUUCAAGGUUAUGCCAGGUUUACAGACGCUCCCGAGCCGACCGUGGAGGUCAAUGGAAGGAAGUACACAGCUCCUCACAUCCUCAUUGCCACUGGAGGGCAGCCUUCUGUUCUGAGUGAUGAUGAAGUGCCUGGGGCAAGUCUGGGCAUUACCAGCGAUGGCUUUUUUGAGCUUGAAACCCUGCCAAAACGCAGUGUGAUUGUUGGUGCUGGAUAUAUUGCUGUGGAGAUGGCAGGCAUCCUUUCCACCCUGGGGUCCAAAACAUCCCUCAUUAUUCGACAGACAGGAGUUUUGAGGAACUUUGACACCUUCAUAAGCACAAACUGCACCAAGGAACUGCAGAACACUGGUAUAGAUUUGUGGAAGAACUCUCAGGUGAAGUCUGUGAGUAAAACAGACAAAGGCCUGGAGGUGACGAUUGUCACCAAAGAUCCAGAGAAGAAGAACGACGAGGAGAAGAUCAGCGUCAUCCAGGAGGUGGACUGCCUUCUCUGGGCCAUCGGCAGGCAGCCCAACACAUCUGGACUGAACAUCGGCGGGAUGGGUGUGGAUACAGAUGAAAAAGGCCACAUCAUCGUGGACGAGUUUCAGAACACCAAUCGAUCAGGGAUCUACGCCGUCGGAGAUGUUUGUGGCAAAGCUCUUCUCACACCCGUUGCCAUCGCUGCAGGCAGAAAGCUGGCACACAGACUGUUUGAGGGCAAGAAAGACUCCAAGUUGGACUAUUCCAGCAUUCCCACAGUGGUGUUCAGCCACCCACCCAUCGGUACUGUGGGCCUCACAGAGGAGGAGGCCAUCAAAGCCAGAGGAAAGGAGAAUAUAAAGAUCUACAAGACUUCUUUCACUCCGAUGUAUCACGCCAUCACAAGCAGGAAGAGUCAGUGCAUCAUGAAGCUGGUGUGUGAGGGCAAAGAGGAGAAGGUGGUAGGUCUGCACAUGCAGGGCCUGGGCUGUGACGAGAUGCUGCAGGGAUUUGCUGUCGCCAUCAAAAUGGGCGCUACCAAAGCAGACUUUGACAAGACCGUCGCCAUUCACCCCACCUCGUCUGAGGAGUUUGUCACCAUGCGUUAAUGCAAACACAAACGCCCCCCCCUUGCCUCCCUAUACGACCAGCGGCCCAGACAAGCAUACCAGGACAGAGUCACUGCCCCGUACUACUCUCGCAUCAGCUUGACGACUUGCUUUAUCAAACUACCGACAUGCUUCCAUUUUCUCUCAUUUAAGUGACCUUAUUUGUUACGCAUUGUUUCGCUUUUUCUAAUUAUUACCUAAAUGGACCAAGACUGAGGUAUGACCUUCUUAAACUGUACUGUGGGUCAUGAAUAUUGAUUGAAAACUCUGAAUUCCAUUUUAAUGAUUGUGAAAUGGAAGUGAUUGAUCUGCAGGUCUUGUUGUCAAGAGAUUGCAUGGGAAGUCAAAAGACCUCUCUCCUAGUGUAUGUGUUUGAUUUGUCAGUCAUUUGUCAGAUGAAUAAUACAAACAUUUCUGCUGUUAAAGGCACCUUUUCAAUACCAAUGCAAGGUCAUGACAUAUAUCUACUGUACUGUUCAAAAGAUCCAAUAAACCUGCAACUUUUUCUUAA